CUAACACCAAACUCACACCAGACACUCACUGCCUCACCUUUCAUUCUCUUUUCUCUGCUUCUCUAGCAAAGUUUCUUUGCUCUUAGAGCAAGGAAAUCUAAGGAAACAAGUAGACAGAGUUCUUUUUUUUUUUCUGCGGGAUUGUCUUUGGUGGGUGAGUUUCUUUUUCAUAAUGGCUGGGACUGGAGUGUUUGCAGAUAUUUUGGACGGAGAUGUUUACAAGUACUAUGCUGAUGGAGAAUGGAAGAAGUCUUCUUCAGGGAAAGCUGUUGCUAUUAUCAACCCAACUACGAGAAAGACUCAGUACAAGGUUCAAGCUUGUACACAAGUAGAGGUGAACAAGGUCAUGGAAUCUGCAAAAACUGCGCAAAAAUCAUGGGCUAAGACUCCACUUUGGAAGCGAGCAGAGCUCCUUCACAAAGCUGCUGCCAUCCUGAAGGAGCAUAGAGCACCUGUUGCGGAGUGCCUGGUUAAGGAAAUUGCAAAACCAGCCAAAGAUGCAGUUACCGAGGUUGUUAGGUCCGGGGAUCUUGUUUCUUACUGUGCUGAAGAGGGGGUCAGGAUUCUUGGCGAAGGGAAAUUCUUGGUUUCUGAUAGUUUUCCCGGGAAUGAGAGAACCAAAUAUUGCCUCACCUCCAAGAUUCCACUUGGAGUGGUUCUAGCCAUUCCACCAUUCAACUAUCCUGUCAACCUGGCUGUUUCAAAAAUUGCACCGGCAUUAAUUGCUGGAAACUCCCUUGUACUCAAGCCGCCAACACAGGGUGCUGUUUCUGCUCUCCAUAUGGUGCACUGCUUUCAUUUGGCUGGUUUUCCCAAAGGGCUCAUCAGCUGUGUGACAGGGAAAGGCUCUGAGAUUGGUGAUUUCCUUACAAUGCAUCCUGGAGUUAACUGUAUAAGCUUCACUGGUGGAGACACUGGUAUUGCAAUCUCAAAGAAGGCAGGAAUGAUCCCUCUUCAGAUGGAGUUGGGAGGAAAAGAUGCCUGUAUUGUACUUGAGGAUGCUGACUUAGAUUUGGUUGCUGCAAACAUUAUAAAAGGAGGAUUUUCUUACAGUGGUCAAAGAUGCACUGCUGUUAAGGUUGUCUUGGUGAUGGAAUCUGUUGCUGAUGUUCUGGUGGAAAAGGUGAAGGCCAAAGUGGCAAAGUUAACAGUUGGAGCACCGGAAGAUGACUGCGAUAUCACUCCAGUUGUGUCAGAGUCGUCUGCAAAUUUCAUUGAAGGGCUGGUGAAGGAUGCCAAAGAGAAAGGAGCUACAUUUUGUCAGCUGUACAAGAGAGAUGGCAACCUUAUCUGGCCAUUGUUGUUGGACAAUGUUCGACCUGACAUGAGGAUUGCCUGGGAGGAACCAUUUGGACCGGUUUUGCCAGUUAUAAGGAUCAACUCCAUUGAGGAAGGAAUCCACCAUUGCAAUGCCAGCAACUUUGGACUCCAGGGAUGUGUCUUCACUAAGGAUGUCAAUAAAGCAAUAUUGAUCAGUGAUGCAAUGGAGACGGGGACGGUUCAGAUCAAUUCUGCACCAGCUCGUGGGCCAGAUCAUUUCCCAUUCCAGGGUUUGAAAGAUAGUGGAAUCGGGUCACAGGGGAUUACCAACAGCAUCCACAUGAUGACCAAGAUAAAGAGCACCGUCAUCAACUUACCCACCCCAUCUUACACCAUGGGUUAGUAUUGCCAAUUAGAAAAUACAUAAUAUCAGAACCAGUGAUUUUAGAUAGAUGGUACAAUCAUGCAAGUAACUUUUGUGUUUUAGACUUUAUUGCCUAGUGAAAAAGGCUGAAUAAUGGAGACACGUAAAUCAGCAGCCAGCUAUGUUGUGUGUUACUAAAUGUAGCAAGUUUCUGCUGACUUAGCAAGGAAAUUGGAUCUGUUGUUAUCACUGAAGUCACUGCUUCUUUUCUCAGAAGGGUGAUUAUGGUUAAAGAAGAAAGCCAAACGCUUCGCAAAUAAACUGCUUUGACAUGUGA